AUGGUAGCGGAUGCGGACCGCAAGACCUCCCCGGUCUUGUCCCUGGUCGCCGGCGGCAUCGCGGGGGGUGUCGAGUCGGCCUGCACAUACCCCUUCGAGUUCGCAAAGACCCGCGUGCAGCUAUACGGCCAUGAGGGCAUCAGAAACCCGUUCAUGGUCGUUGCCAAGGUGGCUCGGGAGGAGGGUCUGCGCGCGCUGUAUAAGGGCUGCUCGACUAUGAUAGUGGGCUCCAUCGGCAAAGACGCAGUGCGUUUCGUCGCCUUCGACAGCAUCCGGUCUCUCUUUGAAGACCCGGAGACACACCGGUCCACCACAGCGCAAUCCAUCGCGGCCGGCAUGCUAACCGGCAUCGUAGCCUCGACCGCCAUCGUCACGCCCUCGGAGCGCAUAAAAACUGCUUUAAUAGACGAUGCCCGGACAACACAGCGCUUCCGGUCGCCGACGCAUUGCAUCGCAUCCCUAUGGCGAGAGCAGGGCCCCGUGCGUGCCCUAUACAGCGGGUACACUACUACGACGCUUAAGCAAGUCGGCACAACCGGGUUCCGGCUAGGCUCGUACGCCGCGCUGAAAGACUGGGAGCGCGGACACGGGAUCCAGGUCGAUGGUGCGGUGGCUAGUUUUGCGAACGGCGCGUUUGCCGGUACGUUGACUACGCUUGCCACGCAGCCUUUCGACACAGUCAAGACGAAAGCGCAGCAGGCGCGUGCGGUGCGUACGAUGGAUUGCGUGCGUGCUAUUUAUGCCGAAGAUGGUGUUAGGGGGUUUUGGCGUGGGACUGUGAUGAGGCUUGGGCGUACUGUUAUGGCAGGUGGGAUAUUGUUUACGGCGAAUGAGCAAGCGCUUAAGUUGUUAAAGAACGUGUUUGGGUAA